GUCAUUAUAAUCGCGCACUGCAAUCUCAUCACUACUGUGUCUCGUAGUGAAGCUGCCAGUCAACGAGUGUUAAACCUCUUUGUCGUUUUAGUCUUUGUGUCGAGAUGGCCAUGACGUCGGAUUCCCUGCAACAAGGUGACAAAGUGAUUAUUCAAACUCGCUCAGGCAGAACCUUCGAAGGUACCUUCAAGACAUUGACUCCAAGGCAAACUCUCGUCCUCUCCAAAGCUCGUAGCAACAAUGGAGAAUCUUACGGCGAAACUGAGCUACAGUUGAAACAGAUUCGCUCAAUUUACGUAAUUGAGGACUGCAGUCGUGCAUUGCGACACGACCCAGCGAUUGUUCGUGCUGAGCUUCCGCGUGGUGGCAACCGACAGCAUACUUGGAACAACUAUAAUAAACAGAAUAAUGCUAAAUUAAACCACCCCAUCACCUGUAGUCAGCCUAAUAGUGUUCCUCAACGAAGGAAUCAAGGUAAGGCUGUCAUUCAUGGCAAUAGGUCCUGGCCUAGGCAAACUGCUAGAGGAAUGAGCGUGCAUCUCUUCCGUGAAAAUCUACAGUCUCCGCGACGAAUUGCAGCAAAGCAUCGACAAACCAAAAAUGGCACUUUUCAGGAUGCUUUAUUGGGUCACUUGUCAUCGUUUCGGCAAAUUCGUAGACACAGCGAGGGUGUCUUCGUCCAGCGACACCCAGGAAUGGCACCCAUUUCAACUGACGACUACGACUUAGUAGCAGAGACGGAAAAAUUCACAGCGAUGCAAAAGUUGAAAAGUUCACGAGAGAAUAAUGCUGAAUUUGGGGAAGCUCAAGAUUUGUCAGCUAAAAAAAACAACGAAGACAAGUCUACUCCGGUGACUGACUUCGAAAAGUUCUUCGACCAUCUAAAGCUCUCGAAUGAUCACUAUGAACCGGAUGGCAUAGCACUAAGCAAAGUUGAAUUAGCAGCCUACCAGACUGAACAGCAGCGAAAACAAAACGGUUACAAAUAUUCAACUGAGGAACUGAAGUCAUUCGGACGUUCUGGAAUCACCGAAAGUCUUGUGCAGACUUUUGGCGAGGAAGAUGUCAACAAUCUCUAUCCACAAUCGCUUCAAAAAUUCAGCAACAGUAAUAAUAGCCACCGUAAAAGUCACCACAAUCAACAACGCCUCUUUUUCGAUAACAACUAUAUGACUACUAAUUAUAACGAUAGCAAUAGCCAACGUAACAGCCACCCGCAGGACUACCGUCCAACGGUAAACUUUCAAAGGAACUACCGCGGGGCCAAUCCCAGAUUCAGCCGAAACGCCCAGGAUAAAUCCACCGCUAUGUUCGGCUCUCUGAUGCACUCGCACACACAACAGCUACUUUCAGGAUCAUCUGGCAAAAAGAAGAAACAGCUCUCGAGUUGCAACUAGAUGCGGCUGACCACGGUGAUUAGGUCCCGACUUCAAGCCGAUUCGAUUGUGGAUUAUGGGAAAAGACGUACAGGACGUAUUUAUAUUUUGUAUGAAUGGGCCUGGGGACCAUAGUUCUCGCCUGGUUUUCUCUCAGAGCGCGGAUUUGAAGCACAUGCGAUUACGUACUGUUACUAGUACAUUGUAUUGAAACAUUUGUUAAUAUCAGUCAUAAUGGCAUGAUGCAAAGGUCGUAGCGUGGGCCAACAGAAGGCGCCAGAUUAGUUAUACGGUAUUCGCGUAAGCGCGUAUUGAUCAACUGGAGAACAAGUGAAAAGUGAUCGAAAAAACAGUUACACUCGCAGAACCCAUUGUUAUAUUAUAAUUAUUAUUAUUAUAGUUACAACUAUGCAUUUGAAGUUCUCCAAGCUAUAUCCCUAUGAUAUGGGACCCCUGACAAGAAGAUUUCGUUUUGCCGUGGCUAAUACAGUGUCGAACAUUCUUCAGCAAUUCGAUAAGUCGUAGUCGAUUGCAGGUCGACCUCAAUUUGUGGAUGACCGGAAGUGUUGUUGAAGCUGUCCAAAGCGUUGUUUGCAUGGCCCGACAACUACCCAAGUAGUCACUAAAGAGUUUGUUAUCCAAUAAUGGUUUCGCCAUAUCGUCACCACCCAUCGCACGACAAAACAGAAACAUGCACACAUAUGUAUAUUCAGUACAGAACUGUGUGUGUGUGUAUAUAUAUAUACAUAUAUAUGCAUAUAUGUAUGUACAUACAUACAUACAUAUAUAUAUAAACGAGGAAUCAAUCAGAACGAAGAGUCAUGCAAAUGGGGAUAUAAUUACACAUAUACACCUGGCGUGAUGCAAAUUACAUCGGCCAUGUUAUAAUUUGUGUAAUGUCUAAAGUAACGCCGCCGCUACAACUACCAUUAGUAUUAAUAAUGUAAGAAUAAAUUGCAAAACUAACUGAUUUGAUUGAACAACGUAAUAGUGCCGUUUCUUUAUUUACUUUUUUUGUACGUAAACAUUCUUCCAACCUGCAUGCAUAUCUUCUGUUAUGUUCCAAUUGAGAACCUGGACACUUCCUUGGUAGUAUCCAACGGCCAAUUAUUUCUACUGCACCUUAUAAACUGUAAUAAUGCAGACGCCCAAUGAUGGGCAGCGAUCGCGGAGCUACGGAAAAUUAUGAAAAGAUAUACAUUGAUGGAUACUCUAUAUCUAUUCCACUAGAUAUGUGAAAUUGAUUUCCUACCUAAGUUGCCUUAAGCAGUUGAGCGGAAAACUUCGAAUUCCUGGUUCGGGUCCCACGGUACGCAGACCUGCGUGGCGCAGACGGGCCGACUGAGACAUACGUAGCGGCGAGCGGAUAAUGACACCAAAAUUAUAUAGAGAUCAUUCAACUUCGCCGGUGUUUUGGUACUGAGUUGUACUGAUUUGUUGAAUUUCUAGAAUUAACUCAUGUUGAGGUUGAGCUGAAGCAUCGAACGUAUUUGAUAACAGUUAGCCUACAAUUAUAUGUAGCUUAGUAAUUAUAUAUUGUUCGACAGUAGUGUUGACGUGAAGGUUUUUGACCGAAAACGGUAUCAU